AUGGUGGAAAUGAUAGAGAGGGAGAUAUCUUUGGCUAUCGAAUCAUUGUUAGCAGGUGCCGAUGGAAGUUCCAAGCAAAGCAGGAGUGAGAAGAAUAGGAAAGCGAUGUUAAAUUUGGGAAUGAAGCCUGUUACUGGUGUAAGCAGGGUAACUAUAAAGAGAGCAAAAAAUAUCCUGUUUUUCAUCUCGAAACCCGAUGUUUUCAAGAGUCCUAACUCGGAGACUUACGUUAUCUUUGGUGAGGCUAAGAUAGACGAUUUGGGCUCGCAGAUACAGACACGAGCUGCUCAGAAAUUCAAGAUGCCUGACAUGUCAUCUGUGAUGGCAAAACCCGACACCUCUGCUUCAACUGCUGGUGCACCCGCCGAUGAGGAAGAGGAAGAGGAAGAAAUUGAUGAGACUGGGGUUGAGCAUAGGGGCAUUGAGUUGGUCAUGACACAGGCCGGGGUGUCGAGAAGCAAGGCCGUCAAGGCUCUCAAGACACAGGACGGGGACAUUCUUAGCGCUAUCAUGGAGCUCACCACUUGGUUGAACUCCAUGUUUUUCUUAUCUUCCGCUAUUGCUUUCGGUCAAUGAAUUUCG